AUGAUGGCCGCUCACAUAUCCUCUCAUCUGCAGCAACAAGAACUGGCCCAGUCUAUCUCCGCCAAUACUAAUCAGCUGGCCGCCUGCGAUUCCUCUGAGCCUUUCCCCCCAUUAUUCUCCGGACUCUUCCGCCCUCGUUCUAAUCGUCGUCGUUCGUCUGUCUCGACCUCGACCGGUGAAUCCAGCGUCUCCUCUGAAUCCGCUUCCAAACAACAAAGAAAUCGUCACUCUUCUUUCCUUAGAAAGCUUACGGGUCCGCGAGAAAACGCUAAGCGCUUCCUUCGUCUGGGGACAUCGACCAACCCCCCCGCCAUCGCAUCUUCCACUCCCAAUUCUCAUCUGGAACCUGAACUUCCUCCUCUUCCUCAACUCGAGAUCCCUAUGCCCCGAACUUCUCGCCCACGACCCGUGUCUGAAAUUGUGAUCUCACCCAGAGAUGCCCAGAUGUUAGCUGCUGCUGCGCCUAACUUCGAGGGGGGCCGGAUGCGCUCCGGCUCUUCCUCCACGAUCGGCUCUGGGUCUCAACCGCAACCAGUCUUGGAGCAAAUCGCGGCGCCACUCGGUCCGGAUUCGUCAGAGGCGUUUCCGCCAUUGCCGCAUGAGAAAACGGUAGCCACGGGCAGUGGUAUUUCGGUCGGCAUUGCUCUCACUGAGCCUAUGCUCUUUCUCGCCGGCUACGACCAUAGCGACCCGAGCUCCAAGAAGUCCGCCAUUCUCCGUGGUCAAUUGCAUUUGAAGGUUACCAAGAGCGUUAAGAUUAAGAAGAUCUCCAUUACUUUCCGUGGACAUGCCCAGACGGAUUGGCCGGAUGGAAUCCCACCCAAGAAGAUCCAUUUUCACGACAAGAAAGACUUGGUCACUCAUGGAGUCGUCUAUUUCAACCAUGGCGAUACAGCCCUGAUGCAAAACGACUAUGGAGCACAUUAUUAUCAACACGCGAAACCCUUCACGUCGAUAACAGGCAAGGACGGGGUGACUGCGAGCACCAAGGAGCUCUUCUCGAAGAGCGGAUCGUCGACGUCGUUAAACAACAACCAAACUGCCAAGGAGCUCAAACGACUCUCGCUGCAGUCUGGCCACGGCCACUCGCGCAGCUUCGGGAGGAACGAGCUUCCCGGCGCCGCCCCAGCUCCCCAACGCAACUAUAGAUUGUUCCCAGUGGGUGAUUAUCUGUACAGCUUUGAAUUUCCCAUCGACGGGUCUUUGCCGGAGACAAUCAAGACAGACCUAGGGUCUGUCAAGUAUGACCUGGAAGCCAUUGUUGAGCGUGCAGGGGCAUUCCGGCCGAACCUGCUGGGUAAUCUGGAGGUUCCCGUGAUUCGGACUCCCGCGGAGGGCUCGUUGGAACAAGUCGAGCCCAUCGCCAUCUCCCGAAACUGGGAAGACCAGCUUCACUAUGAUAUCGUUAUCUCUGGGAAAUCCUUCCCGUUGGGUACGCAAGUUCCCAUUGCAUUCAAACUGACACCAUUGGCCAAGGUCGAAUGCCAUCGCAUCAAGGUGUACGUGACGGAAAACAUUCAACACUGGACAGCCGACAAGAGCGUACAUCGCUUCCAGCCGGCUAAAAAGGUCCUUUUAUUUGAGAAACGGGCCGAUUCGCCCAGUACGAGCACGUAUCCAGGCAGUUCGAUGCGUGUCACAGCUGGAGGUGGCAUCGACUGGGACCGUCGCGAGGCUGCUGCCAGGGGUGAGGAGAUGGUUGACCGAGGCAGAUCCAACUUACUGGGUAAUCUCUCGAGCGACGCGGCAGUUGGUCCGACUGAAAUGGAAUUCAACGUACAAUUGCCAAGCUGUCACGAGAUGAAGAACCGUGAUGAGUCGCAACGACUUCAUUUCGACACGACCUAUGAUAACAUUCAAAUCAACCACUGGAUCAAGAUCGUGCUGCGUCUCUCCAAGCUCGACGACAAGGAACCCGGAAAACGGAGACACUUUGAGAUCUCCAUCGACUCCCCGUUCCAUCUCCUUUCGUGCAAUGCUACCCAGGCCAACAUUUACCUCCCCGCCUAUACAUCGCCGAACGCAGAGCCCGUGACGCCCGCGCAGGAAUACGAAUGCGGCUGUCCUGGCGCCCCGUUGUCCAACCGCAACAGCGCGCCUAAUUAUCAGUCCGUUUUGGACCGGGGCGAUACUGGCCCCCCUGUAAAUCCGGUGACCGGUCGGGCACCGUCUCGAAGUUUCACCAGUGGUUCCGGCGGUCUUGCUCGUCCGCCGCAGGCCCAUAUCGCAAACGAACCGGAGGGCAACCCUCGUCCAAUGCAUCUUCUUCGGACGCCUUCGUUCGCGCCACCGGCCUUUGAAGAUGUUCCACCGCCGCCGCCCUUGAUCACACCACCUCCGGAUUACACGUCCAUCGUGAGCGAAGGGGACCGGCAAGCGGCCUUUGAAGACUAUUUCUCGCGGGCCACCUGCGAGGAUAACGACGACGAGGAUGACCCCCGAGGUCGAGGCCGAGUGGAUGUGCCUCUGACACCGGGAGGCCGCGUGCAUCGCAGUAUGGAUGUCUCCCGUGAUUGGGUGCGUCUGGAUGACUCGGUGGUUUAA